CAGGACUGCAGUCGUCUUCAAGUUGUAGUCGCCAGUCCUCGAUCGUAGAUCGCUCUGGCCGAUAGGAUCACAUCUCAGAUCUGCAGGACAUCGUGCGCGCCCGACGUCGGCGACCUUGAGGCGAUUCAUACUACUCUCCGUCGUCGGUGGCCAUUCGACUCUCCUUCAGGCUGACGGCCAUCUGAUAUCUAUAUCUCGCUUUUGCGGUGUCUCUUCCGCACGAAGCUGGAACGUCAAGAUGUCAACAAGACCGCGUUUGUCAAUAAGCGACAUGAUACACCGAGGCGUGCUAUACACGCUAGUGGGUAUCAGCGUCUGGGGUGUAGUCAUGAUAGGCGUUGUGCACCGGGAUACGCUUAAACGAGGCCGGGGUGCCCUCGCGUUACAUGAAGCCAAUAAACGGAAGGAGGAGGAGGCUCAGGAGAACGAGGUCGCGCUUGCACAGGCGGCGCAGGCAGCCCUCGACAAGGGCGGCAAGUCCUGGUAGCCUACAUGCAGACUGUCCUGCGACAGAGGCUGCGAAAAGGCCUGCACGCCGGCGAGCCGUACCGUCUAUCACGCGCAUUGCAUCCAUGUUGUCUCGAUAUCGCUACUCCAUUGCUAAUCCCUGCUAUCUAUAAUAACACUGUUGUGUUCCGCAACAUGCAGCGCUGGGUUGAGUUCGGUGAGAGUGUCUCUUUGAACUAACGACAGAACAUUUCUAUUGCGCGAUGGAGA